AUGGAGGUCAUCCGCGGGCCGAUCCUGCCGCGCUGCGCUGCGCCUGCUCUCACCUCCGGCUCUCGGAUCGGCGGGCAGCUGCUGAGGCGCGUGCGCAUGCGGAGGAGGGCUUCUUGCGGUGGCGGCGUCUCGCCAGGUGACGGCUACGACGGCGUGUCGCCCAGGUUCUUCGGCGCCCCGACCCAGCAGCACAUGCACGGCACAAGCUCCUGGCCUGUUCGCUGUGGCUACGGCUCGUCGUCCGACGGGGACGGCGCCCCGCCGGCGAACUUCGACGCCAGCGGCGAGGAGUUCGUCGACUCCAGCGUCAUGGAGGCUGUCGAGCUCAGAUGCGUGUCGGAUGGUUUUGUGAUAAGAAUGCGCGACGGAAGGAACCUUAGAUGUGUCCAGAACAAUCCCCGCGUGCUAAGGCUGCGCGAUUCCACGCCUCACCAUGCUAUCGUGCUCAAGAUGGAAGAUGGAAGCGAUCUUCUGCUCCCCAUUAUUGUCAUGGAGACACCAAGUAUCAUGCUACUGGCCGCCCUUCGGAACAUUCGGAUUCCAAGGCCAACGAUUUAUAAUGUGGUAAAGGAGAUGACUGAAAUGAUGGGAUAUACGGUACGUCUGGUGCGGAUUACAGAAAUGGUGCAUGAUGCUUACUAUUCUAGAUUGUAUCUUGCAAAGAUUGGAAAUGAAGAAGAGACUAUUAGUUUUGAUCUCAAGCCAUCAGAUGCCAUCAACAUUGCUUUCCGGUGCAAGGUUCCUAUACAAGUCAAUAAGCGUAUCGCAUACAACAACGGUCUGAAAGUUGUACAACCAAAGCCAACCGGGAGUUACGUGAACUCUGACCAAAUCCAGUACACAAGACUGGACAAGCCUGGUGACCAGCCUUGCUUCGAAGCCCAGGAGUUUGAUUUGGUGCGUGGUAUGCUUAUUGCUGCUGUUGAGGAACGCUAUAAAGAUGCCGCUCAAUACAGAGAUCGUCUUCUCAUGUUCCGCGCAAACAAAAAGAACACGAUAUAA